CUCCAACGUCGGAGUUUCAUUUUUUACAGUGUGGAGCAGGAAGGCUUCAGCUGAAGAAGUGAAAGUAAAAGUCAGAACCUGUGAAAAGCUCCGACACGAGACAACGUUCCAUUUCCACAUCCACAGUUGAACUGAGUUAGUUUCCAGAUCUCCGGAGAGAAGAUGCUCCAGAUCGACUCUGAGCUGAAGUCUGGAGGAUUCUGCUUUGAAAACAGCCGCAGAACAGGAUGUUAGUGAUGCUCCUGAUGCUCAUCAUCAUUUCCAGAAAUGCAGUGUUGGAGUCCAACUUGUCGGAACUCGGCUUCAAAGCUCCCAGUGCCAGAAAAACCGGGACCACCAUCGCUGGGGUUGUUUACAAGGACGGAGUGAUCCUGGGAGCUGACACCAGGGCCACAGACGACAUGGUGGUGGCCGACAAAAACUGCAUGAAGAUACACUACAUCGCUCCAAAGAUCUAUUGCUGUGGAGCUGGCGUGGCAGCAGACGCCGUGGUCACCACACAGAUCACAGCGUCCAACGUGGAGCUGCACAUGCUCAACACCGGGCGCCCCCCCCUCGUGGCCAUGGUGACCCGGCAGAUGAAGCAGAUGCUGUUCAGGUACCAGGGUCACGUUGGCUCAUCUCUGAUAGUGGGAGGAGUGGAUGUGACUGGAGCUCACCUCUACAGCGUUUACCCUCACGGCUCCUAUGACAAGCUGCCGUUCGUCACCAUGGGUUCUGGAGCUGCAGCUGCCGUCGCUGUAUUUGAGGACAGAUUCAAACCGAAGAUGGAGCUGGAGGAGGCGAAGCAGCUCGUACGAGACGCCAUCGCUGCCGGGAUUCUCUGCGACCUGGGCUCCGGCAGCAACGUGGACAUGUGCGUGAUCAGCGAGGCCGGAGUGGAGCACCUGCGAGGCUACGACCAGCUGGCGGUGCGAGGCCCGAGAGAGGGAAAGUACAGGUUCGAUCCCGGAACCACUGCCGUCCUGACCCAGACUGUGACCCCUCUGUCCCUGGACGUGGUGGAUCAGAGUGUCCUCACCAUGGAUGCUGAGUGACACCUGCUGGGAUCAGCUGUUUGCAAUAGAAGCUUUAGUUUGUUAAACCACUUACAUGAACAUCAGUUUGUUUGUUUCACUCCUCAUGAAGGUAAAUGUUCACUUUGUUUCUAACGAGAAUUUCACAUUAAAAUCUGUUGUGAUGA